GGAGUGCAUGUGGUCAGGAAGUAAAGGAGGAAAUGCAGAGAUGUGAGGAUGAGUGUGAAUAAAUGAGAACCCAGAGGGAUGGACUUCAUUCUGCCGUCCUCUGUGAGCCGCUACGUCUAGGAGAAACCUCUAAACCCUCCAAGAGGUGGAUGAGGCCAACAUUUUAUCAUCUCCAGCAACAUUUUUAAUGAUCUACACCCUGAAAGCACCACAUUUAAACUCAGCUCUGAUUCCUAUGUGGAUGUAGAAAAUGGAUUCUGGACUUUCCUCUGUGCAGAAACUAGGAUUAAAAACUGUCAGGUGAGACUUAAGUUUCGGUUUCCUGCCAUUUUUGCUGAAGCAGCUUCUUAUUAACUGACCUAUUUACCGUCUGAGAGGAAUAAGAGCGACGGAGGACAACAGGACAGAGAAAGCUGCAGUCAUUCAGGCUUUAUCUGGAGGCUUGAAUGAAUUCAAGAGUUCUGGAGUUAAACAGGCCUGAAACUGAUCCUGAAACCUGCUGAACUCAACCACAGCUGGAAGGAAACAACAGCUGGAAGGAAACAACAGCUGGAAGGAAACAACAGCUGGAAGGAAACAACAGCUGGAAGGAAACAACAGCUGGAACUAAACAACAGCUGGAAGGAAACAACAGCUGGAAGGAAACAACAGCUGGAAGGAAACAACAGCUGGAAGGAAACAACAGCUGGAACUAAACAACAGCUGGAACUAAACAGCUGGCUCCACAUCUGCUUCAAACAGCCCUCCAUCCACCCACCAUGGCGGACUCAUCUCAAGGCUGGUGGAAGUUGACGUUCCUGAGGAGGAAAAAGUCCCAGCCGAAGGUUCUGUACGAGAUCCCAGCAGAGUUUGUCUCCAACUCUUCCUCCUCUGGCCACCACGGUUCCAGUUCAGCCUCAGGAGCCCCAGAGGACGCCAUGCUGGACCCCCAGCUGGACGCCCGGCUGGAGAGGAUCGUGGACAAAACGACGGCCAGCAAGGGACGCCACGUCAAGGUGUCGCACUCCGGGAGGUUUAAGGAGAAGAAGAAGGUGCGAGCCACGCUGGCGGAGAACCCAGACAUGUUUCCUGGAAGCGACCCGGACACAAAUGAGAACCAGAGGGCUGGGAAAUGAAAAAGGACAAACAGAUAUGUAGCAGUUAAUGUAUGGAGAUGUAGCUUCAUAAAGGCACAAAGACUUAAUCACAGAUGCAUUCAUGAGAAAGAAGUGGAUGGUCAGUCAAAGAUCAUCCUGAUCAAUCCGGUGUUUGAACCAAUAAGGUCAUUCUGUGGCUCAGUUAGCCGAAAACACAAUGACCUGUUGGGAUAAAAUCAUUUAAUCAACCGGUUUCUCUGCAUUUGCCAAAAGUUGUUGGGUUGAAAGGAUCAAAUUCUGAUAAUACAAAGUUAUAUUUCAAGAAGAAAAAAAACAAAUGAUGAGGAUUUUUUUAAGGAGGUUCUAUGUUAGUCAAACCAUUACUUCAUAGCCAGACCUUUUAUGGCUUUUCGUUCAGUGUGUCAUUGGAUGUGGAAAAUUUUUUUCCCACAUUUUCAAACUUUAAAACGGGUCAGUUUGACCUGCAGGACGACACAAGGGUUAAAGGAUCUUUUUCUGGAGGGACUUUGAUGUUUGAGCUCUGAUUGGAGCUGCUUAGUGUUUUGCAGGGACUGAUUCUACAUCCUUGUUUCCCUCACUGGCAACCACCACCUGAUCACCAUUUAUGGACCAGUGGAUCAUCUGGACUGAAGUUUAGCUGUUAUAACCCACUUUGACUGUACUGCAGUCUGUGAUCAUGAAAAAAAUCCAAAAAUCUACAAUGGAAGCUUGAAUUACUUUAGAAAAGAAGGGUGAUCUACCUUUAAAAAAUCAGAAUUAAGUUGAAGUAAAGUCUAUUUGUGGCUUACAUUCAGUUAGUCUUACCUUUAACCAAUCAGACAGGUUGACUGAUGACACUUUUGGUAAAUGUGCAACAGCAAGUCAAUAUAAAUGUUGGUUUUGUGAUCAAAUAUCAAAGAAGAAAGCCUGAAACUGCCCAAGAACUUCAGGGGUUUCAAAAUCUCCAGGUUCACAAUGUGUGUGUGUGACUGCUGUGGUAAUUCAGUUUAAAUUUGUUUAAAUAAAUCCAUCCCUGACUGACAGAAAAGGUGCCUGAGAGAGUUAAUAAGCAUAUAUUGUUUUGCUAAAUUAGUCUUUCAUGAUGUUAUCCUGCAGCAAACAGGGGUAAAGUAGUAUUUGAUCUUGGAAAAACAUGAACAGUGCACUGCAUUGGCAGGUUCUCUGCUUGAAAUCAUGAAUCUGUUAGUCUUAAAGUCACCUUUUGUUCUGCUUUAACAUUUUUAAAACCUUAAGUUACUCAUUGUCUGGGUUGAUUAUUAUAUAUUUACGUUGUCAGUCUGCCAUGUUAUUUAGAAUAUCAAACGGGGUGCAAAACAACAGUUAUCAUUUUCUAUUCACAGCAAUUUCCAAGGCUUUUCUUGACACUUUAUUGGACUUUUUCUGUCAGUUUAACUCCACCUGAGCAGCCUGCCUGAGCAUGUUCUUGCUAGGUAAACCCAGUAGAGGGCGCUGAUGCUUCACCCACAGACUGAUUCCUGCUCAAACACUCCUCCUCUGUGGUUUUCAUGUGAAAUUUUCUUGAAUCAAAGACAUAUAUUCUUCAUAUUUUCCUUUUUCUGUCUUCUUUUAAGUUUGAGCUCAUAAUCUCAGGACUGAAUAUUCGUGAAAGCUGAUAAUUUCACUUAAAUUUGGUUUAGAAGCUUGUUUUAGACGAACAGAUUUCUCCUGCAGCAUCUGGAUGAUGAUCAACACUAAACUAUAAAAGAAACUCUCAGAUUAUCUCUUCGAUUACCUCUUCCAGGCUAAAAGCUUCAUUUUUUUCUUGGUAUAAGUCAAUAGUGCAAAAUUUGGAAUAUGUAUUUUUUUGUAAUGUGAAUAAAAUAUGACUGAUUUUAUCACCAAAUGAUUGUUCUUGCA